CUUAAAUCUUCCGUUUCUAUUCAUCUUUCAUACCAAAAAUGACGCGCACGACAAGCUCGAGGUCGCGGACUGGAUGCAUCCCAUGCCGUCGAAAACACCAAAAGUGCGACGAACAACGCCCCAUUUGCUCGUUUUGCUCUUUCCGCGGUAUGCAGUGCCAGUAUCCUUCGGGCUUGAAAUGGAUGCGCCAGACCGAGCCCAUGACUUCUAGGCAUCGGCCUCGAGCUCACCGCGCGGGAGCUCUGUCUGUCUUAAGAUCCCCUGCACCUUUUGCGGAUACCUUCCGCUCGACGGAGGAAAAGGCCGCCUGGGAGUAUUACACCCGACUCGUCUCGUCCAAUGUUCCAGCCCUGGACGGACCCGAGAACCCCUACCGCAAGCUCUCCAUCACCGCUCUCUCGUCUCCCAUCCUCCUCGAAACCAUCAUCUGCAUCGCAACCGAGCACAUGCUCAACUUCGGACUAGGCAGCGUUCCUGUCGCCGCGGAGCGCCAGCAGCGCAUGCUCCGAUCCAUCCGACAGAGCCUCCUGACAAUCGAGCCAGGCCAGACCCAUACCGAUCCGACACACGAGGCAUGUCUCGCGGCAGUCGUACUGCAGGGUAUCGUAGUCGCGCAGCGCCCAGACGGCGUUGUCGAGCCUCACAUCAAGUGCGCAUCGUUCCUGAUGCAUGCCCUGGGCUACUUCAAUGACAUAUCCAACCACAACCCCCUGGCACGGAUGACCGCACAGCGAUUCGCCAUGGUCGAUCUCAUGCUCGCCAUCUCGCGACAACGUCGUCCAUUCUCCCCGGUCCAGUUUGUCCUGCACCAGCCCGAUGAGGCUCGCUGGGAUGGCACGGAGCCCUCGUUCUACGAGAUGACGGGGUGUCCGCAGCCACUGAUGUGUUUUCUUGUGCGCAUCGCCUAUCUAGCAUGCGAUGUUGACGAUCGGCUCGACGCGAACCUGCCGAUCCACGACAUCCUCAAUCAAGCGUUUACAUUGGAGACCGAGCUCCGUGCGUGGAAUACCCGAUACACCGGGCUCGUCCCCGACGAGCUCCCAUGUCCCCGGUCCCCGCUGGACAUCUUAUCCGAGUGCUUCUACUGGACCGCCCAUCUUCUCCUCGCUCGUCGCGUCUUCCGCGAUCCCACCCGCAGCCCGCGAGUCCAGUAUCUCGCGCACACCUGCUUCCGACUGAUGGAUCAUCUGCCGACGGGCUGCGGACCGGACUCGUCGCUGCCGCAGCCGUUCUAUCUUGCGGCGCGAGAGGCCAUCACGGUCGAGGAUAGGAACUGGGUGAGAGGGAAACAUGAGGCCAUGACGGCUUAUUAUCGCGAGCAGCAACGCCAUUCGGCGAUGGAGUUGACGGAGAGGAUUUGGGCGAGGGGCGAUGAACUCCGAGGGGCGAGUACAAGUGGAGAUAAUCAGUCUGUCGAGGAUCGAUUCGUUCGGGAUUUAGAUCGCGGGAGCUCUUUAUUCAUUUUCUAAUUGCGACGUUGUAAGGGUGUUUAUGCGUUAUAGCGAUCUGG